CACUUUUUGCCAUUUCAACCAAACCCUCCCUCCCUCUCUCUCUCUCUCUCUCUCUCUCUCAGAAGAAGAAGAACUGAGCAAGAAGUGCGCUGUGAAGCAGAAUUGAUUAACCAUGGAGCUCCACCAAAUGCAAGGGGGUUCGGCGGUGUCGGUCUCUCCGAGCUUCAACAGCUACUCUUCAAGCAAACUUGCAGAGAUCGCCGCCAGGGUAGUCAAGGAGCUUCGCCAAGAAACCGACCCGGACGAUGAUAUCUUCAGCUGGGCUGCAGAGAAUCCGCCUCUCCAAUCCCAAGAAAUCUCCAACGAGGGCGAGGGCGAGGGCGAGGAAGAGGAAGAGGACGAGGAAGAGUUUGAGUUCGCUGUUGUUUGCAGAGAGCCGGAGUACUCGUCCCCAAUCUCAGCCGACGAGAUCUUCUACAACGGCAGGAUCAAACCCCUCUACCCAAUCUUCGACCAAACACUACUUCUCGACGAUUCCUAUACAAACGCCGAUCAUUCAAGGGCCUCCAAAACGUCGACGCAUCGUCGUUCGCCUCUGAAAAAGCUCAUGGUGGAAGAGCGAGAGCGAGAGCAACAAGAAGAAGCACGCGAGCCCAUGUCUUGCUCUUCCUCCGAAGCCGACGAGCUCGACGGCGUCCCACCUGGGACCUACUGCGUGUGGGCUCCAACAAAGCCGUCAUCAGCCGCCACAGACGCUCCUCGUCCUCCUCCUUCUUCUUCUUCUUCUUCUUCUUCUUCACCCGGUAGACGCAAGAAGAGCCUCUCCACCGGCUCGUCCAAGCGAUGGAAGCUCCGGGACCUUCUGUACCGGAGCAACAGCGACGGGAAGGACACGUUUGUGUUCGUGACACCUUCCAAGAAGGCCGAGAAGACCGCGGCCGUGGCAGCGUCGAACGAGAGCGGGAUUAAGGCGAAGGUAGCGCCGCAACAACUCGACCCUCACUAUGUGAGGAACAGCUCGGCGAAAGAAGAAGAUCAUAAGAGAAGAUCGUACUUGCCAUACAGAAAGGACUUGGUCGGUUUCUUUGCGAAUGUGAAUGGCCUGAAUAGGAGUUUGCAGCCAUUCUGAACUGAGAUUUGGGUUUUGUGAAUCACAGAGAGAAUAUGAUGAUUUGGGGUUUUUCUUAUUCCCAGUUUUCUGUAAAUAUUUAUGUUGAAUUUGAGCCUUUCUUAUAUGAUUACUUAAUUUUGUUCA